AUGAGUUUUUAUUUUUGGUUCUUCUUUUUUCUUGUGCCAUUAUUCUUAGUCAUAAUUUUGUUUGGAGCAAAUAGACGAAGACAAAGAUUGAAUGGUCGCGUAAUUCAACCGAUAGCUAAUCCUGUAGUUUAUACUGUGCCUACUGCAGUAUAUGUACAGCCGGUACAUAAUAACUUUCCUAAUACAAGACACGUCGCACCUUCUACUUUAAUGGUAGAACAAAGGCUAAAUCAACAUUAUCAUAAUCAACAACAACCACCCCCGCCAUACAACACUUCAAAUCCAACACAACGAUAUUGA